AUGCCUCCCAAGAAGGCUGUCGAGGAGAAGAAGAUUCUGCUAGGGAGGCCCGGCAACAACCUGAAGAGUGGUAUCGUCGGCCUGGCCAAUGUUGGCAAAUCAACCCUCUUCCAAGCCAUCACAAAGUGCUCACUAGGAAACCCUGCAAACUUUCCUUAUGCGACGAUUGAUCCUGAAGAGGCCCGAGUUAUCGUCCCCGAUGCCCGUUAUGACUGGCUCUGUGAACACUACAAGCCCAAAUCACAAGUCCCCGCAAACCUGACAGUCUACGACAUUGCUGGGCUGACUCGUGGAUCAUCGACGGGUGCUGGUCUGGGCAACGCGUUUUUGUCACAUAUCAGAGCCGUCGAUGCGAUCUUCCAAGUCGUGCGAUGUUUCGACGAUGCCGAAAUUAUCCACGUCGAAGGGGAUGUCAAUCCGACUCGAGACUUGGACAUCAUCUCGGAAGAGCUGCGGUUGAAGGACAUCGAGUUCGUUGAAAAGGCCAAAGAGAACCUCUCCAAACAGACGAGAAGAGGUGGUCAGAGUCUCGAGAUGAAGAAGCUGAAGGAAGAAGAAGCCACCGUUGACAAGAUCUUGCAGCUGUUGAAAGACGGCAAGGACGUGAGGAAGGCUGACUGGGGUCCUAAAGAGAUUGAAGUCAUUAACCCACUCUUCCUACUCACGGCAAAACCGGUGGUCUACCUCAUCAACCUCUCAGAAAAGGACUACAUCCGCCAAAAGAAUAAAUAUCUCCCUAAAGUCAUGGAAUGGAUCAAGACCAAUUCCCCUGGCGACCCUGUCAUCCCCAUCUCCGUAUCCUUUGAAGAACGUAUUGCCGUCAUGUCCGACGAGGAAGCUGCUGAAGAAUACAAAAAACUUAACACGAAAUCCGCACUUCCAAAGGUGAUUGUCACCAUGCGACAGGCGCUAAACCUGGCCAGUUUCUUCACCACCGGCACGGACGAGGUCAGACAGUGGACAAUACGAAAGGGCACGAAAGCACCGCAGGCAGCUGGUGUCAUCCACACAGACUUUGAGAAGACGUUUAUCCAGUGUAUCGUGUACAACUAUGAGACGUUGCGGGAAUAUGGAGACGAAAACGCCACGAGGGCGGCUGGGAAGGUCAUGACCAAGGGCAAGGACUAUGUCGUCGAAGACGGAGAUAUUAUCCUCAUCAAGGCCGGUGCUGCGAAGGCAUGA